CUGCGAUUAUUAUACUAAAUACUUUUAUAAAAAUCUAUUUGAAAUUAAUAUCAAAACAAAUCGCUUAACACAUACACAAACCGGCGCCAUCUAACGCCAGAACCCUCGUUAUUCACAAUAGACGCUAUGCCGUUGUUUACAAAUACAACGGCGGCCAUUAAAUAAAUACCGAAAACAGCUGAUUGCCAAUGUCAAACGCCACGCAAGUGUUGAUUAUUUACAUAUAUUCAAUUUUUACAUUCCAUUGAUUAAUAAAAUUUACCGGCAAACAAUGGUUAUGACGAAUUUACAACGUUGGCUUUUAUAUAUUGGACUCUUUGCGAUACCUUAUGUGGCCAUAGUGACCGGUAUAUUACGCGCACCUGUGCUUACCAAAUGGGAAUUGGAAAUUCAGCUGUUGCCACUUAUAUUGCUGGUGCUGGUUGGGGCUUAUUCGGCUACAGUGGUACUCUAUCGCACGUUUACAUUUAAUGAUUGUCCACUGGCAGCCAAAGAACUGCAAGAACAGAUUGAGCUGGCACGGAAAGAUUUAAAAGAGAGAGGUUUUAUAUUUCGCGAAUAACAAAUGUUUAUAAGCUGAUAAACUUUCCUUUAACUAAGUAUUAAGUAUAGAUGAAUACACGAUACAAAUAAAUGCAUUACUUUAUGAUUAGCAAUAUGAAAUGUUAGUUACUUUCUGCAUUAGAUAGUGGCAUCUGCACACACUAAUUGAUUUCAAACUUGUCUGACAGGUAGUUUAAUGAGCUAGUGUAAGCUGACAUGUAAGCUUAGCCAAAUCCGUUAUUACGCUGUAAAGACUUUCUAUUUUUAUCAAGAAAAUGCCAAACAUUAAAUACAUUAUUAACAUUAA